GCACGGUCCUGGCACUGAGGUCUUUCCCUCGGUCCCAGCACUCGGCCUCAGCGUUUUCUAGGCCGCCGCCGCGGAAGUGGCUCCUGCAGCGUCCUGCUCUAGGGCUGCAACCUCCGCCACAGUGGCGGCCACGGCGUCUCGCCCCGCCUCGGCGGCGGUGGGCGCCGUGGUAUCCGCGGGUCCCGAGCCCAUGACGGGCCAGGGGCAGUCGGCGCCCAGCGCAUCCACGUGGGGCGCGCUGUUCCGCCACGUCCGCUACGAGAACCUGGUGGCCGGCGUGAGCGGCGGCGUUCUGUCCAACCUGGCGCUGCACCCGCUGGACCUCGUGAAGAUCCGCUUCGCUGUGAGCGAUGGAUUGGAACUGAGACCACAAUAUAAAGGGAUUCUCCACUGCUUGGCUACCAUUUGGAAACUUGAUGGACUGCGGGGACUUUAUCAAGGAGUCACCCCAAAUGUGUGGGGCGCAGGCUUAUCCUGGGGCCUCUACUUCCUCUUUUACAACGCCAUUAAGUCCUAUAAGACCGAGGGGAGAUCCGAACGGCUGGAGGCCACGGAGUAUCUCAUCUCCGCUGCGGAGGCUGGAGCCAUGACCCUCUGCAUCACCAACCCGCUGUGGGUAACAAAAACGCGCCUGAUGUUACAGUACGAUGGUGUUAACUCCGCACAGCGACAGUAUAAAGGAAUGUUUGACGCACUUGUGAAAAUCUAUAAAUGCGAAGGUGUGCGUGGAUUGUACAAGGGCUUUGUCCCUGGGCUACUAGGAACGUCGCACGGCGCCCUGCAGUUCAUGGCAUACGAGCUAUUAAAGCUGAAGUACAACCAGCAUCUCCAGCGGCUGCCGGAAGCCCAGCUGAGCACAGCUGAAUACAUAUCUGUUGCAGCACUUUCCAAAAUAUUUGCCGUGGCAGCCACGUACCCUUACCAGGUGGUGAGGGCCCGGCUCCAGGAUCAGCACAUGUCUUACAGCGGGGUGGUGGACGUGAUCGCCAGGACGUGGAGGAAAGAAGGCAUCAGAGGAUUUUACAAAGGAAUUGCUCCCAAUUUGAUCAGAGUGACUCCAGCCUGCUGUAUUACCUUUGUGGUCUAUGAAAAUGUCUUACAUUUCCUACUUGACCUUCAAGAAAAGAAAGUAAGGUAAAAGAAGAUAAUUCCAGUACCUCUGCCCAAGGCGGUAGGCAACAAGCUCCUUCGAGACCUAAAGCUCAAGACGAAUGCUGCACAGCACACGGCCCAUAGUCAGACUUGGUCUGCAGUGUUAGCAGUCAGGAGCUGCUGAGCUUCUCCACCUGUGUGAGGCUUGGCUGCCUCUGCCUCUGGUAGGGGGCACCACGCAAUGCCCAAGCCAGCAGCAAGUCCAUUUCACGUCCAUCUUUCGAGCAGAAACUGCAGCCUUCGUAAGUGGGUUAUAGGGAUCCGCUGCUUUUUUGACCUCUUUGCCUGGAUUGACUUUAAAAUUGACUUUGUGCUAUAGCAAGCAGAUGGCUUCUCCGGAUAAUGGCCAGUGACCUGCAGGGCGAGGUGUCACCCAGAGUGGACGGGUGAGAAGGUGUGUGCAGAAACGCACCUCAGCCCAGCUGAGCUGGACGGUGCUCACCGCAGACCUCUGAGAUGUACCACCUGAUAAUGGUUACCAUUCCAUCCCUGACUUCUUAGAGCCCAUCCACAGUUUAAAGUUACUCCUCAUUUUGGCAUAAUAAUGUAAUGUAAAUUUAAAAGUAAUGUAAAUUUAAAUAGUAAUGUAAAUUUAAAAUUUACAACAUCUGAUCUUCGCAGAUUGAGCAGUGUCAGCCUUUGUUUAGGGGACACAGCUACAAAUUACUUACCAGAAAUGCCCAGGAGAUCAGCGUCUCCUCUGCAGAUGUGGAAUGUUUGAAGUGUGUUAACUGGAAAUGAGAACCUCCCUGAAUUUUUGAAUUUAUGGGUCCAGAUCCCAAAUAAAUGAUUAAUUUACAUUGGUUAUUCAAAUUCAGGUGGAAAUACAAAUUAUUAAUGGUCAUGAUUGAGUUUGCAUAAAUGACUCAUUACAGAUGUUUAUAUAAAAGUGAGCCACAUGUGGUGGUACAUGCCUGGAAUGGCAGCACUCCACGGAGGCGAGGCAGGAGUUUGAAAUCCAAAUUCAAGCCCAGCCCAGGAAAGCUUAACAUUCAAAAAAAAGGACUACAGAUUAUGUAGAGCCGUAGGGAGAUCCUGCAUUCACCCCAGAACCACACCAAAACAGCAGAGUGACACUGGUAUCACUUUAUCAGAAACACCUAUGAGCACUGUUGAUUUUUAUUUGUUGUAAAUGAAACACUGAGGUUUUCAAAACCACAUUUAAAUGGCUUUUUGAAAACACGUUUAUUUUUUAUAUAUUAGAAAUGGAAUUGUUUUAAAAAUAAAAAUAAGCUGACUUAAGGA